AUGGCUACCGAAACCCCCGACUACCACCUCAUUGGUCUCUACACCCGGUACUCCAGCUGGACAGCCCGCGUGGAAGCCGUGCUGGAAUACUUCAAAAUCCCACACACGCACCAAUUCAUCAAACUCUCUGAAAUAAAAACCCACUCCCCAACCGGCCUAGUCCCAAUCCUGCAAGUGCACACCCUAAACACAACAAUAAGCGACAGCCUCUCGAUCUGCGAAUUCCUCGCAGAAUCCCACCCAGAGCUCGCCCUAUGGCCCCGAGACCGCAGACUGCGCGCCCUAGCCCGCACAGCGGCAUCGCAGAUGCAUUCCGGGUUCUCGGUGUUGCGGCAUACAUUCCCUACGAACUUCCUCGCGCGGUAUACGGGUAAUGUGUCGAUUCCCGAGGAUGCGGUGGCUGAGAUUGAGCGCAUGUUUGGGAUUUGGGAUGCUGCUAGACUUGUUACUAAGAAGAGACUGAGUGAGUUGGGGGAGGAGGAUCGGGGGUUUUUGUUUGGGGGGUUCUCUGUUGCUGAUGCUUUCUUUUGGCCGAUUCUUUGGCGAUUCCGCUCGUAUGGCGUUCCUUUGGAUGCUGCCGGUCCUGAUGCUCUGGCUUGGAUGGAGAAGAUGUGGAGUGAUCCUGUUUUUAGGGCUUUGGGGGAUCGCUAUUAUGGGCAGGCUAAGGAUCCUGGGUCACAGAUUGCGCAUUAUGAUGAUAUCUUCCGGGGUAGGGAGGAUAUUCAGUAUAGUCUUUUCCCGCAGGAUUGGACCUUUUCUGUUACCGGGAAGUGA